UGGUUCAGCUGUAGCUUUGUGAAGAAUGUCACCCGCAAAUAGCGGUCUGACUCAGUGCUCCGUCGAUCGCGCGAAGACACCGCCGCGUCGCUCCGCGUUCGCGCCCCGACAUCGGCAUUACAUAAAUAUUCCAUUUUUUAUUCCAAACCGUAUAUCAAACGUGUAUUUCCUUGUAAAAGUGGAGCGCAUAGCUCAUAGUCAAUUUCUAAAAGUGAUUGAGUGCGUUCAAGAUUAAUCGGUUGAGUGAUUUCGGUUUGCGUUGGGUGCCGAGCGGGAAUGUGAGCCGCUGUGAUUGGUCGACGAUGGAAACCAUGGUGAACGUGUGGGCGGUGGUGGAGCACGUGAGGGUGGCCAGUGGAGCGGCGGAGCUGGCCAUCUUCACCGCCAUACUCUACUGGUUCUUUACUUCAAGCCGCGUUGCCGACAUGCUGGAGGUGGUCGGCGAGCGAGUCGGCGGGUGGUGCGGCCGCGACUCCAACUCGCUGCGGCAGGCGGUGCGCGCGCGCCGCCGGCACCACAACGACAUCUACACCAAACUUGAUCAGGAGCGGACGACGAGAGCAUCGUCCCUGUUUCGCGUAAAGGAAGGCCCAGUGGUCCCCGCGCCGCAGCCCGCCACGCGGCCUCCCGCGGGCCUCGCUUGUGCCCGCUGCGCUCCUGUGUCCAGGGAAUCAUGGCAGGACCCCAAAGCCGUAGACACCGGGGCUGUCAUCAACAUCCUCGACAUCGGUCAACAGAAUUUUGCAAAUGGCGGCGUCGUGUCGCGCUGCCUCUGCGACUUGGCACAAUGCUGUAAUCUCAGCAAUUACGACUACAAAGAUAUGGUUCCUGAGGUAUUAAAAGACGAGAGCUUCCAACAUGUCCUCGAAAAAUCAGCACUAAACGAAGCCGAGAAAAAAGGCGCGGGCGAUUCCGUCACUCCAGAGCUCAGGCGAAGAGUGGAAGCCAGGGCCAGGAAGGUGCUCAUGGAUAUCAGCUCUGCCAUGUCGAACAGGGUUCUCAAAUUAGUAGCCUGGCUCUGUCACAAGGCCGUCCGUCGGAUCGCCUGUGGCGGUUGCGGCACGCGGGCGGCGUGCGUCGAGCGUCUCCGCCGCGCUAAAUCCGCCGGGUUACCGCUCAUCUUCGUACCCCUACACAGGUCUCACCUCGACUACAUCCUCGUCACAUUCACAUUGUACUUGACCGGUCUCCGGCCGCCGCUGGUCGCCGCCGGUGACAACAUGAGGAUACCGUUCUUUGGUUGGUUCCUCCGAGGUUGUGGCGCUUUUUACAUCAGACGCAGGGUCGACGGCUCAGAGUACCACGAAGACCCACUGUACAAGACUGCACUAAGAUCUUACAUUUUAAAUAGUUUAGCGGCUAAGAAUAAUCUAGAAUUCUUUAUUGAGGGAGGACGAACUAGGACUGGGAAACCGCAACCACCAAAAGCGGGCAUUCUAUCAGUCAUAAUGGACGCAUACCUCGACGGCACCAUCGACGACGCACUCCUAGUCCCAGUGACGCUGAACUACGACCGUCUGGUGGACGGUAACUUCGUGAGAGAGCAGCUCGGCAUGCCCAAACAGAUGGAGACCUUCUGGACAGCCCUUAGGGGCAUCUGGAGGACGCUCAAUACGAACCACGGCAGCAUAAGAGUCGAUUUUAAUCAGCCUCUGUCGCUUAAGGAGCUAGCAACGUCCUUCCAGAACUACAACUACCUGAAAGCCCCCAUCGAGCGGACCCUGACCCCGCCCAACAACAACUUGGCCGUCAACUUGGACCGCCAGAUCCUGUACAACCACAGUCACAGCAGCAUGUACGGGGCAGAUGUGAGCGUCGACCAUAAGAUGAUGGUGGAGGCCAUAGGACGCCACCUAGUCUAUGACGCGGCACAAGCAACAGCUUUCAUGUGCACAAACGUGGUCUCAUACGUGCUUCUAACAGAACACAGACGGGGCUGCACACUCAAGCAACUGAGCCACGCGGUCGCCAUGCGAGGCGCGGCCUUGAGGAGGGACGGACGAGAUUUAGGAUAUACGGGGGAAGCACCCACGCUACUGAAACAUGCGUUGGAUAUGUUGGGCCGCAGCCUGGUCAGACGGGAAGGUUCAGGGGAAAAGCAACGCGUACGUCCACAGAGGUCGAUAGCCGCUUCACUGGAGCUGGCAUACUAUAGCAACACCGUAGCGGCGCAUUACGCUGCGCCAGCCAUCGUCGCAACGGCGCUAGAAAGUAUAAUCAGACAGCCAAACGCGGACCAGGAGAUCAUAAGGCAUACAGAGCUAAUGGAAGCAUCGCUACAGCUCUGUGAGAUUCUCAGCCAAGAAUUCAUUCUCUGCGCGCCGUGCCACCGGAUAGAAGAAACUAUGAUGAGGGCGUUAGAGUCGCUUAUAGCCAGCGAAGUUAUCACACCAGUCGAGAGCAACAACGGACUAGAAGAGCAACAGUGGUCGCGGCGGUUCGCGCGGACACUGGAAGAAGAAGAAGAAAACGAAGAUGACGAGCGGCCAGAUCCCACGCUCAGGAUCAAAUAUCGAGUGUCACAGCGGCCAGAGGCGCUCCUAGAACGCGGCCGCCUGCUGCGCACGCUGCGGCCGCUGCUGGAGGGCUACGCGGCGGCGGCCCGCGGGCUGCGCGCCGGCACGCAGAAGGAGCUCAUCAAGACCACGCUCGACUCGCUCACGGAGGACUACACACAGAACAAAAUGCUAUACGGCGAGGCGAUAUCCACGGACGCGAUCCGCAACUGCUGGCGCCUCCUGAAGCAGUGGGGCGUCAUCGAGCUCUACACGCACGACAAAGUGCGCAUGCUGCGCCCCGUGCCGCCGUAUGACGUCCACUCGCGUCGCGACGCCGUGUGCGAACACUUGUACAAGUUCAACGUGCAGAGCCCGCUGCUGUGAUAGUGACAGUGAUAAGGUAACAUGUGUCUGGAAUCUAUAAAACCUACGUUGGUUACUGGGCAAAACCAAAACUGCUAAAGCUACUAAAACACCAAAUCAAGCCAAAUGACGUAGCAAAGCGCUUACAAGUCACAGAACUGUUCACGAUAAAGUGCGUCGUAUGAUGCCCAAAUGCAUCGUAAAGCUGUGUGCGAACACUCAACUGAUCACAGUUAUCUAAUAACUUCAAGAACUUCUUAUGGGAUUUUCAAGUUAAUAGCAAAGUUUUUACGCUUAAAACUGAUGCGAUAAUAUUUUUCUAAUAAUUAUCAAUAACUUAAAAUUCUCUUUAAAUAUUUGACCAUUUGUUAAUUUCAUGGUAUAAUAAUAUACUCCGCCUGGUACUCUCUUCCGACCACGUGACUGACACAAGCCUACGUCAUCAUGCGACAGCGCUAUAUAAUAUGAGAUAGCGCUAUACAAAGUGGCAAUGCUAUUGUGACGUAGGUUUGUGUCACUCUGGGAAGAGAAGACCAUGUUUUAUUAGACUAUGGUUAAUUUUGAUUUUAAAAGGCCUAUUUUAUUUAGCACCUGUUUUUCAUAUUGACAGCUAAAUAAGGGCCUCUUAUUGACAAUGUAAACCAUAUAUUUGUACAGAUCUAUCACGGCAAUAAUGUAGAAAUAUAAAUUGACGAAAUAUUGAUACAAGUGACAUUUAAAACAGACAGGAGAGAUUUGUUAAAUAAAUAGAAGACUAAAUGCAACUAUUAAAGCACUGCAAUUAAUAGCACUGUCAUAUUUAGUUGUAUAUCUAACUACACCCAUGGAAAAAUUUAGAAGAAACGUAAAAAAAACUUAAUAAUUAAGUUCAAAAUGAGUAAUUAUUACUCAUUUUGAAAUGACUUUAGGUGCGUUAAUCCAGUAAUUACACCUUCUUUUUUGCGUUUCUCUAAAUUUGUCCAUGAGAAUAUUAACCUCGCAAUGUUGAAAAACAUCCAGCCGGGCUAGCACAUGAUUGGCGCGAC